UUCAAUUCUGUUCCCACGAGAGAGAAAGAAGCACUUUCCCAGAGUCGCACUCCUUUGGGGGGCAUGGGAAGCAGUUCUCACGUUGGGACCCGACAUGACGAGGAACUUUGAAAAAACGCUCGAGGAGGAUACCAAGAGUAGAAAAAGGAUCCUCAAACCGGCCGUGGAAAAGAAGCGGAGAGAUCGCAUAAACAAAAGCCUCGCGGAGCUCAGACGCUUGUUGUUGACUAACACGGCGGAUCCGCGUUUGCAGAAUCCCAAAAUUGAGAAAGCCGAAAUUUUGGACUUGACGGUGGAGUACCUUCACAAAUGGACAAACGGCAAGAAACGAAGCAAUGAUGCUCUCAGCGGUGCGGUAAGUCUCCAUCCGAGCGGCCCUCCUCGCUUAACCCUUGAGGGUGCAGGUUUUCAGCAGUGCGUGUCGCGAAUGGCCGGCUACGUGCACAAGAUGCCGGCGCCGCGGCGGGCCGGCUUCAUGGAGGGGUUGAAGCGCCACGCGGAGGAGCGGCGGGCGUCCGGCCCGCCGUCUUUGAUCAGACUGGCGGAUGCCAUUUGCACAUCUGAGAGUCAAGAAGACUCGCACAACUUCGUGCUCCUCUCGCACUCGCCGCCCCAGCCUCACGCUUGCUCCACGCCGCUCCACUCCCCUCCCGCCUCCCCCUGGUUCUCCACAUUUGCUUCCUCCUCUCCUCCUUUCCCCUCGUUCGCCCGCCACUUCUCCUCCCCCCCCAGCCUGUCACCUCCGUCGGCCAACACCUCUCUCUCCACGCUCCCCGCCCACGUGACUUCCUCCUCUCCCAAACUGGGAGUUCCCACCGUCUUCCACUUCCCCUCUGUCACCUCUCUGAGGUCACCUCCACGCCCCGCACAGUCACAGAGGUCAUCGUCGCUCACGUGGAGACCCUGGUUCUGAAUUGUGGCGCCCUCUAGCGAUGGGUGACUGGAGCUCCAUCGCGCAAUGGACAAUCUACUUCUGGCAUCCAUCCGUCUUACCCCCCUUGUACAUAAAUCUUGUGAUGUUCUUUUAUUAUACCCCCCUUGUACAUAAAUCUUGUGAUGUUCUUUUAUUAAAACUCUAUGAC